UCCCGGCCGCCCUCUGGCCGGACCCCUGCAGAGCAGUGUACUGUACGCCGGAGCUUCUCGCCCAACUGGGUAGUGAAGCCCGUGCCCCACCAUGCCCGUCCCGGCCUGGGCACGUGUGGCAGGUAAUUAAGGGCGUGUGCAAGAGGAGUGCCCACUUUUCCCACCAGUUUCAUGGUGACUGUGAUACUUAUGAAGGGAUGGAGGCGGAUAACUGGAGUGACGGUGACGCCACCCGCAGGAGGUCUGCCUUACACAGAGUGUGGCGAGCCCUUGUCGGGUUCCUGCGGCGCCUCAGACCCUGGAUCUGGUUUAGGGCUCGCUCCAGCACCUGGAGGGUGAGUCAGUGGGGUGCCGGGCAACAGCCGCCGGUGCAGGAAGCGCGGGUGCUCGUGCUGGGGGCUUCCGACACCGGCAAGUCCACCUUCAUGAAGCAGAUGAAGCACGUGUUCGGCAGAGGGUAUCCUGUUGACGACCGCAGAAGACACCAGCCCCACAUCCGUCGCAACCUGUUAGAGAGUCUACACAAGAUUGUCGUCGCUAUGGGCAACUACGACAUUAUUUAUGACACCCUUGAAACUGAGGCUGCCGCUCAGAGGUUCACCGACAUGGAACACUUAGAUGAAUUUCUUCGUGAGGACGCCCCAAUAGACCCCCUGCUGGUAGAGCAGACGAGGCUGCUGUGGUCUGACUCCGGUGUCCAGAACGUAUAUCUUCGAGGCAAUGAGUACCACCUCAUGUCUAAUGCCGAACACUUCAUUAGCCACGCGGACAGGAUCCUCAACGAGAACUACAUACCCACCGUGGAAGACAUAUUGCGAAUGCGGUACCCAACGCGGGGCUCCGUGACGUCCACGUAUGAUCUCGGCGACAUAAGGAUGACGAUGCACGACAUUGGAGGGCAGAGGCCUGAACGGAGUGAGUGGGUCAACCAGCUUCACGACCCCACCGCCAUACUCUUCCUCGCCUCCCUCUCAGAGUAUGACCAGCGCGUCGAGGAGGCGCCUGAGGACAAGAACCGUGUGGAGGAGAGUCUGGACAUCUUCGAGGACCUGCUCGACUAUCCCCCCUUCAAGGCCACCCCGGUCAUACUCCUCCUCAACAAGUCCGAUAUUUUCCACAGGAAGAUCCAGUACCACAAUCUCAGAGAUUAUUUCCCCAGUUAUGAUGGACCCAGCGACGACGAGCUGACGGGUCGGGACUUCAUCGCGGGGCUCUACAAGGACGUGGCCCUCCGCCAUGGGCGCCACUUCGUCGUCCGCUUCACAGAGGCCACCAACACCGAGAACUUCAUGGCCAUCUUCUCCUUCAUCAGAGCUAACGUCAGUAGGAAUAUUAUGAGCCGAGGCGGCCUCUUCUGACGCCAAGAACGGCGGCAGGAGAGCGAUGAGAUCGUCAGCGGACACACGUUGGGCUUCAACGUUCAGUCAACGAUGCCUGACGUGCUUAAUGUCCCCCUAGGAUCAAUGCAGCUUGACAAUCAAUAUUCCGAUAUUCUAUGCAAGAUCAAAAUCGGUUACUACUAUGUAAAUGAAAUCGUCUAUUGGUCUAAGUGUCCCGCAAAUGGAAAGACUAAAUAAAUGACAUAAACUGCCGUGCUGAAAGGAAACGCGAGGAAUUACAGUGUGGAGUAGACUGUGGUGGGAGAGUCACACUGUGAUGUGUAGUAUACACACUGUGGCGAGCAUGUGUGUGUCCGCCUGAUGGUGGUGUCAGUGCUGGCGAGGUGCUAUAGCUGCCUCUUGCUCAGGACCCCGCCUGAUAACUCGCCGAGGACUCUGGAGAUAACUUGGUGAUGACUAGAUAGAUAACUUGUACAGACUCGAUAGAUAACUUAGUAAUGACUCGAGAGAUAACUUUGUGAAGACUCAGGAAAUAACUUAGUGAUGACUCGGGAGAUAACUUAGUGAUGACUGGAAAUAACUAGUUCACUUGUGUGUCAGAAACUGAUUAUGGCGAAAUAAACAAAUAAAAAUA